AUGUGCUCCUGGCCCCUUCGUGCGCCUGGAUUUAGCUACGCUGAUCCGCCUCUAACUUCUCCGACUCCUUCCCUGACUCCACCGUACCAGCUCGCCAUGGUCAUCGUUUCCCGUCGCAGACUCGUUUAUCUGUCACUGGAGUACUGCCAACCCGAUCUCUUCUCCGGCAGUGGCAUCGCCGCUCGCGCUCAAGUGCGCGGCUUCGCCGCAAAAAACGUUUCUGUAGUAGUCAUUUGCGGCCGUCCAGCUCACACCCAGCAACCAGAGCCGGCCCGCCGAAACGUCAAAGUCAUUUCCGUCCCGCUUGAUAAGUGGGGGACCACAGAUCGAUGUGCAUCUCAUCAGCAGUACGCCGAGGGCGUCGCCCGCAUCUUAGGAGAUGGACUCGGCCAGUAUGACGCCAUUCUCGCGGUCGACUGGACAGCUGCGAAUGCCGUCCGCCUCUUCUUGUGUCAUGGAGGUACGCUCAAAGUGCCCAUGAUUUAUCUGAGUUUUCGCGUCUACUGCUCCAUGACAGGUAUUUCGAGGGAUGACGCUCGCUUCUACCGUGAAGAGGAAGCUGCCGCCGUGGAUCUCGCCCUCACCUCUGGCGGCGGUGUUGUUGCCUUGUGCGAUAUGGAUUUCGAGACCCUUUCCACCUUGCGCACUGCGCGAUCGCACCCUGCCGACAAGCUUCCGCAUCAGUUUGCCGUCAUCCCACCAAUGUUGCGCGAUGAGUUUUCGAACAUCGCCAAAGAUGACGAAGAUCAAAUUCUCGAUUUUCCAAACAACAGAAUGUAUCUGGUCAGUCUAGUCAGGCUCAGCAGGGACAAAGGGCCGCAUCGCUUUGUAAAACUGCUCCAAAACUUGCAGCAGAAGGACCCGGAUAUCUGGGAACGCACGGGCGUUGUUCCGCUCAUCUGUGGCUCACAUUCGCAACCGCACUACGCCGACCGCAUUCUUCGGGAGCUCCGAAGCGCCGUGCCGCAUUCGGUCGUCAUCGACAAGUUUCUCACGCCGGAGGAACUCGCCGUUGUGCUGAAAAAUAGUGUUCUCAACAUACACCCGGCAGAGUACGAGGCCUACGGCAUGACUAUUAUCGAAGCGGCAGCCAUGGGAUGCCCUACCGUCCUCAACCGCACAGGUAUUGGCGCUACCCAGCUGUUAGACCCUAAGAACAAGGCCUGUGCUGCUGUUGAUGUGACAGAUGAAGUCGCUUUUGCCAACACAGUUCGCAGAUUACUGGAGGAUGCCCCUCGCCGUCAGCAGCUCGCCCACUCGGCGUUCUUGCACGCCACUAGCUGGACCGAGGCGGAACAUGUGCGCGCCCUUCUCGCAUUCACUCAAGACACGAUCGUGCGCAACUCCUAG